AUGCGCUGUGGAUCGGCUUGGCUACUUAGCUUGGCUGGCGCUGCGGCCCUGUCCAAUGCACUGUAUCUGGCAAAGAGAGACAAUCCGGCGGUUCUUGCGUUGCCGUUUGUUCGAGACCAGGACUCUUCGAGGAAGAUCUCGAAGCGGUCGAAGACUGUUGGCGUCGCGAGCGGUAACAACCACGAUGACUAUUACCUUGAAUCUUAUGAUUACGCUGUGAACUUGACAUUUGGGACCCCGCCCCAGCACUUCAAGGUUUAUCUGGAGACUUAUGGCAAUGGUUGUUGGUUGGACGGCGUGAAUGACGAAUUCUGCGGAUCUUACCAUAACAGUUCCUAUUGUGGCGGAAAUGGGGGCUACAAUCAGUCCGCUUCGAGGACCGCUAAGGAGCUUCAUGAGAAAUUUGUAUACGAUAGCUUGGGCGAGAUCGACAGAGGCGACUACGUGACCGACACUUUAAUGAUUGGCGGGGCCACAGUGAAUGACAUGAAAAUGGGGAUUACUACAGGGUUACCCUCCAGCAUAAAUACUAUGAAGCUCGCAUAUGGAAACGAAUCUUCCACCUCAUUGACUCAAGCACUAGCCGAUGCUGGGGCCAUCAAUUCUCCCGCUUUCAGUCUUUGGGCGGGCAAUGUCCUAUUUGGUGGCGUCGACAAGUCAAAGUACAACGGUACUUUGCAAACACUCCCUAUCAUCGAUAACUCCAAUUUCUCAAAGGCCUUCCGUGUCGAUAUGGAUGGCAUGUUUAUCAACGGGUCAAGCCUGGCCUCGGACACAUUCCCAAUUGACGCUGUAUUUGACAACUCCUUUAGUGGGACUUACGUGCCCAAGUCGGUGGCUGAUGCCAUCUUGCCACAUCUGGGCAACGUCUCGGUCCCAAACUCGUGGGGAGCGGUGAAUUUCUCCUGCAGCUCAGUCAGCGAUGACUCGACCAUCGGGUUUAAGUUCGGAGAUUUGGAUUUCGAAUUUAGUCUCAAGAAGUUCAUAUCGUAUGAGCCAGGCAUGGGUAUUCCUUACGAUGAUCCUUUGACUCGUUUAGCUGAUUUCGGUGAUACUUGUUGGUUGUCAAUUGCAGAAAACAAGCCUGAGCAUAAGGCGAUCUCGCAGCAUGGAAGUAUCAUCUUGGGUACCGAUUUCAUGGGCUUGAUUUACGCAGUGUUUGAUCUUGAAAACGAUGAGGUCUCAUUGGCGAAGCGAAACUGGGACUCCUCCUCCACAGAUAUUGUCGAGAUCACGUCGGGCAAGGAUGGUGUUCCUGGGGCGAAGAAGAGUGCGGCUACUAAUACACACAUUGGAGCAGAUCUAGGAAUGACUGCGUUGAUUGCUGCGUCCAUGCUGAUCAUGAUCUUCUGGUGUGCUUAA